AUGUCUGAUAUCACUCAGCAAAUGAACAAGCUUUCAGUUGGCGGUGGAGAAUCCUCUAACGGCCAGCAACAAGCAUCAUCAUCAUCCAACGGUGGAUACGUGCCACCACACCUCCGUGGAAGUGGAAGAGGUGCCGGUAGAUCAUUCGGCGGCGAAUCCAACGGAGGAUUUGGCGGUUCGAACAACCGUCGUGGCGGUGGAUACGACAACAAUCGUCGUAGCAACUUUGGUGGCAGUGGCGGCUACAGUAACGGAGGCUACAAUAACAACAACGGAGGCUACUCUGGCGGCUACCGUAGAGGAGGAUCAGGUGCCAGAGGCUUCGGUGGCCGUGGCCGUGGCUCAAGACCUGGUGAAGGUAGAUGGGCUGACGGUAAGCACGUCCCAGCUGAACGUAACGAAAAGUUAGAAAUCGAGCUUUUUGGUGUCAAGGAAGACCCAACUUUCCAAUCUUCUGGUAUCAACUUCGAUAACUACGAUGACAUCCCAGUUGAAGCUUCUGGUGAAGGAGUCCCAGAACCAAUCACUGCCUUCACAGCUCCUCCUUUGGACGAGUUGUUGGUUGAAAACGUCACCUUAUCCAGAUUCACCAAGCCAACCCCAGUGCAGAAGUACUCUGUCCCUAUCGUUGCUGGUGGUAGAGAUUUGAUGGCCUGUGCCCAAACUGGUUCCGGUAAGACUGGUGGUUUCCUUUUCCCUGUCUUGUCUGAAUCCUACAUGAGCGGACCAGCUCCAGUUACCGAAACUGGUGGUGCUUUUUCCUCUCACAAGGUUCACCCAACUAUCUUGGUUAUGGCCCCAACUAGAGAAUUGGUUUCCCAAAUUUACGAUGAAGCCAAGAAGUUCUCCUACAGAUCAUGGGUUAGACCAUGUGUCGUUUAUGGUGGUGCUGACAUUGGUCAACAAAUCAGAAACUUGGAAAACGGUUGCGAUCUUUUGGUGGCUACCCCAGGUAGAUUGAAGGAUUUAUUGGAAAGAGGCCGUGUUUCCUUACUGAAUAUUAAGUAUUUGGUUUUAGAUGAAGCUGAUAGAAUGUUAGAUAUGGGUUUUGAACCUCAAAUCAGACACAUUGUCCAAGAAUGUGAUAUGCCAGGUGUUGAAGCCAGACAAACCUUGAUGUUUUCUGCCACCUUCCCAAGAGAUAUCCAAAUGUUGGCCAGAGACUUUUUAAAGGAAUACAUCUUCUUGUCCGUUGGACGUGUUGGUUCCACUUCUGAAAACAUUACCCAAAAGAUCUUAUACGUUGAAGAUGAAGAAAAGAAGUCUGUGUUGUUAGAUUUAUUAUCUGCCAACGAAAACGGAUUGACUAUCAUUUUCACUGAAACCAAGAGAAUGGCUGAUAACUUAGCUGACUUCCUUUAUGAUCAAGGAUUCCCAGCCACUGCUAUUCAUGGUGACAGAUCUCAAUACGAAAGAGAAAAGGCUCUUGCUGCCUUUAAGAGUGGUACUGCACCAAUUUUGGUUGCCACUGCCGUUGCCGCAAGAGGUUUAGAUAUUCCAAAUGUUUCCCAUGUUGUCAAUUACGACUUACCAAGUGAUAUUGAUGACUAUGUUCAUAGAAUUGGUCGUACUGGUCGUGCUGGUAAUGUUGGUAUUGCUACCGCUUUCUUCAAUAGAAACAACAAGAAUAUUGUCAAGGGAUUAUUGGAUCUUUUAGGUGAAGCUAAUCAAGAAGUUCCAGACUUUUUAUCUAAAAUUGCCAGAGAAAGUGCCUUCGGUAGCGGUAGAGGUGGAUCUGCCCGUGGAGGUUCUCGUGGUGGAUCCAGAGGUCCAGUUAGAGACUUCAGAAGAGGUGGAAGCGGCGGUGGUUACGGUGGCCAAUCUUCCGGUGGAUGGGGAAACGAAGGUGGUUACUCAUCAUACGGCGGCCAAUCUUCAGGCAAUGGCCGUAGUUACGGUGGAAGCAGCUCUGGAGGAUACGGUGGAUCAUCUUCUUAUGGUAAUCCAUCAUCUUCCAACAACUCUUGGUGGUAA